AUGGUCUAUUUCUAUUCGAUCAGCUUCAUUAUCGUCGUGUUUUGUGUACUUGGUCUCUUCGGUAAUCUCAACAUCAUCUGGGCUACCUAUCGAAAACCACAACUGCAAAAGAAACACGGAUUACUACUGGCCAACCUUGCAGGGUAUCAUCUCGUGUGCAUUUCUUGCCAAUGGGUGAAUCUCUCCUACAGUAUCAAUCACCAGCAUCCACGGCAAGACGAAUGCUUCAAACUUAUUCUUCCGUAUAUCUUUGCAAUAAGUGCUCAAGCGAUCAUGCACGUCGUGAUCGUGGGCGACCUCUUAGCCGCUGUUCUCGUUCCUCUGAGGCAUCACUUCUUUCAACCUUUUCAAUAUGUUGUCAUUGUCUCCAUCCCGGUGUGGGUGUAUUCAUCAGUUGUG